AUGUUGACAUGGCUUCUUCUGCUCUCGGCCCUCUCUCGGGAAGGCACCGCAGCCGACGCAGCAUCAUCUUCGACUAGUAUUCUAAUCCCUAUGACGGCUAGCAGUCACACAGCGCCGUCUGCAGCACCCUCGAUCCCUCCGUUUCCCACGGUCCCAAAUGUCCAGAGACCGACAGUGAGGGAUGUCUAUGAUGACGACAAUCUGACGAGUCCACGGCUUUGUCGUAACGUCGGCGGAAAGUACAACGAUGCUCUCCUGCGCGCAAUGAGUAGGCAGUGCCAAAUACCUGUUGGAAACGACGCCGUGCAGCUGCCACCAUCGUCGUGGUCUCCCUGGAGUCAUCCACCGGCAUGCUCUGAAGUCAACACAACGACAUCGAAGCCAGCUAGCGAUACCUUGCGGUUUUGCGUCUAUACACACGCCAGCUACGGAGGCGGCAUCAGUAUUGUGGCAACUCCCGAGACGGCAGCCGGCCUUGCGGCUGUUCUUGACCAAGCCUCCGUUGCCAAAGCGGCACCGCCGAUCAAUGGUCCUCAUCUCAAGAUACAACAUAUUCCGGGGAAGGGCCUGGGAGUGGUGGCCGGACAGGCCAUCCCACGUGGCACAGUCCUCCUUCGCGACCACGCUCGUCUUCUCGCUGAUGUGCGGUUUCCGCUGCAUGUCCGCCGCGCCCAGGGCCAGACGCUGCUGCACAAAGCCGCCGGUCGCCUCCCCGAUCCAGACGACGUGCGGAGCCUCAGUCGCAGUGUCAAGGCUAAACCGGGUGAGGCUCGAGGCGUGCUCGAAGAAAACAUUCUGAGCACCAACUCGUUUGCGGUCACGGUCGAGGGCUUCGCCUACAUGGCCCUCUUUCCAGAGAUUGCACUUCGAGACACCGACUUUGGCCUUACCCACGACACCCGGCAAGAAACGCUAAAGCGCCGCUGGGGCUUUUCGUGUACAUGCGACCUCUGCAGUGGUGGACCCGACGCCACGGCCGCAUCGGAUGUCCGCCGUCGCCGCGUGACCGCUCUUCGAGCGGAGGUGGUCGCGCACCUCCAGCAAGGCGCCUUUGACACGGCCAUUGCCGCCUACGAGGGCGAGCUGUUGAGCCUCGUCCGCACAGAACAGCUAGCCGAGCACAUGGGCGAGCACUACGAAGUGUUGGCACGGCUGCACCUGGCCGCGGGAAAUCGAACGGCCGCCGCGACCUACGCACAACGGGCACUGGACGAGCUGGAGACGCUUCAGGGAGCAAUUGAUCCUGGUUCGGUAGCCCGGCCGUCGGGAAACUCGUUAGAAGAGAUGAGGGCAUUUGUCAAGGCCCUCCGAAGACAGGACGAGCGGCAGAAGAAGCAACAAAAGAAAAGGCCCAAAACGAACAAGAAGGGAAAGCGACAGCAAAACAAACAGAAUCAAGGAAAGGGGGGCCAAUAA